ACUUACUACUAUUUGUUUAAUAUUUUAAUUCCAUCCAUGCGACUUAAUAAUAUAAAAGGCAUUUGCUUGGUAGUUAUCCCUCACAUCCACCUGCCUUCCAUGACUUGACAUCACUUUGUUGAGUUUGAGUCAACCCCACUUUGAAAGUAUUAGGCCUAAAUGACAUCAAAAUAGCUCCAAAAGCUUCAACACAUUCUCAUGUUCCCUUCACAUUCGAGUAUGGAGUUGGCAUAUGUAGUUUAGUUGAAAUGUACACUUACUUGAACAUGAGAGUUUGUGUACAGUCCACAUAAAACAAUUAUAAUAGUCCACAGCUUCAUUUCUGUUCAUUCCAAACAUUCAAAAAUUGAUGGCUACCCCAACAUCUCCUCCACCCAGCGGCAGCGCUGCUUCCAACUCCCCUGAGUUCCAAUUCUGGAUGCUCGACCGUAAACCCUCUUCCCCGGACCCCAAUCUCCUCCCCGCCGACCAACUCUUUCUUGACGGCGUACUUCUCCCUCUCCACCUCCUCCAAAAUCGGCACACUCAACCCCAAAUAAGCAACUCCAUACCAUCAGACUCGACUGCCACCACCUCUUUAACCUCUUCCAAAAGAUGGAAAUUAGAUUUGUUCAGAAAAGCCGACAAGAAACCUACUUCUGUUGCAACACCAGACAUCCCACAACAACAUAGUAUUAGUAUCCCGCAAAAAGAAAAGAGGAGAGAGAAAAAGAGCUCAUCUUCUGCUGAAUUGAACAUCAAUCUAUGGCCUUUUUCACGCAGUAGAUCCGCAGGUAACAGUGGAAGCCGACCCAGAAUGAUUCCCCCCGGAACCACCCGUAAGGUGAGCAGCGCUCCUUGCUCACGGAGUAAUUCAGCCGGAGAAUCCAAGUCCAGAAAGUGGCCCGGCAGUCCGGGUCGGGCUGGCGUUCAUUUGGGCCGGAGCAGUCCCGUCUGGCAGGUGAGGCGUGGUGAAAAGAUGACGGGUAACAAAGAUCGCGGUGGGAGCAGUAAAACAACAAUGAGCAGCGAGAGUAGUAGAAAAGCCAAAGUAGUGAACUUGAAUGCUCCCAUGUGUAUGGGAUACAGGCAGAAUUUGAGCUGUAGAAAUAUUAGUAGUAGUUCAGGCGAAGCUAGAACCACCACCUCUACUGGUGGUGGUGGUGGUGGUACUCUUUUCAAUUUACGCAACCUCUUUACUAAAAAGGUCUACUAAAAAAAUUAAACUCUCUACUUACAUAUUUAUGUAUUUAGUUAUGCAUUUUCAUGUUUGUAAACAGCAGCAGCCAGCAGUAGUAAUAGGAUCACUUCAUUUGUAAUUGACAGAAGAGAGAUUUAGUUCUCGAUGUGUUAAAUCAUAGUAAAAGAUUUAAUUAUUUAGAAAUUUAUUUGCUA